CGGCACACAUUCUGAAGCAAUGUCCAGUGGCCACCACGAUGAGCAAACACCUGGAUCAUAAGCCUUUGCCUUAUCUUCAAUCCUAAAUUGUACAAUAAACUGAGGAUUUGUUGUUGCCGGGGACAACUGGAAAUAAGAAAAGAAGAACUAAAUAUAUGGCGAUGAGGAUGGGAUCCCAAUGCUCAUGGCUCCUUCCCGGGCAUAGUUCCUGAAUUCGAGCACCACCCCAGCACACACACAUAAGUUGGAUUUAUCCCUUCAGUGCCAGCCCUUCCAGAAAACCUGACAGUCCAAGGUGACAAAAGGGUCCACUGGAGUGGGAAGGUACAAGGAGCAAUAAAUCUAUUUUUAAUGUCCCCUAGGAUAUUAACUUUAAGGGAUCAACUUUUGUCCUUUUCAGCUCCCUUUGAAAAUUUUGAUAAAAUAGUGAAAGAAAUUAGGCCUCUUGUGAUUAGCUCCAGAGCCGGCCACUCAGUUAGGCCAAAUCAAGGUUGGUUUGAUGAGCAGUGCGCUGCUCACAAACGCAUCCUAGCAAAAGCUAUAAGGAAAUUAAGGAAAGUGGAUUCCCUAGAAAAUUUUAUCUCCUGCAUACAAUUGCGUAGAGAGUAUAAAAAUUUGCUGCGUGCUAAAAAAUAUAAGCACAUACGCCAGUUGUGGAUGGAGUUAGGUUUGGCAACCAUAGAAAAGAAUUCAGCUAGAUUCUGGACCUUAGCAGCAAGAGGGACAAAAGGAGGUAAAGGCUUCAUUGACAAUCCAAUUACUUCAUCACAAUGGUACAUACAUUUUUUCUCAUUUUUUAGUCUCUCUAUUCCUCGGGUACCUUUAGGUACUGCUCAUAAUAUAGAUCCUUUACUGCUCUCCUUUUGCCCUGAAUGGGACCCUGUAACCCCAGAUGAAAUAUAUUUCUUGAUUAACUCUCUGCCUGCAAAAAAAGCUCCCGGGGAGGACAUGCUUCCUGCAGAAGUGUUUAAAUCAAAUCCUGCCUGGUGGUGCCCAGUUUUUGCUACUAUGUUUACAUGUAUUAGCCAUUAUGGGAAAAUCCCUCAGGGUUGGGGAGUAAGUAUAGUUGUCCCCAUCCAUAAAAGAGGUUCUAAGGUGGAUUCAAAACAUUUUAGACCAAUUAACCUGCUCAGUGUUGUUGCUAAAUUGUAUUCUAAAUAUCUGUUAUGCAAAUUGGAAUUUUGGGCUACUGAGACCUCAAUUACCGCCGAAGAGCAGGCAGAGUUCAUAAAGGGAAAGUAUACAAUAGACCAGUGCUUUAUUCUUCAUCACCUGAUCCAGAAAUACUUCCAAAAUGGUAGAAAAGAGCUUUUUGUUGCCUUUGUCGAUUUUACUUCUGCCUUUAAUCUCAUUGAUAGAGGUCAGUUGUGGCAAAAGUUAUCUGCCACUAAUAUUGACAGACAUUUAUUGUAUACAAAUGUUGCACUCUUAAUACUUCUCUCAGGGUAAGGCUUGGGACAAAUGGAUUACUAUCAGAAAAUAUACCAACCAACAGAGGAGUAUGCCAGGGAUGUCUCUUGGCACCCUUCCUUUUUAAUUUUUAUAUCAAUGCCAUUGUUCAUGAAUUGAGUGGUUUGGAAUAUUUUCCUGUUUCAGUCCUAGAUGCGAAGCUCUCUGUUCUCUUGUAUACCGAUGACAUAGCUAUGAUUUCCACCACAUUAAUUGGGAUGCAAAGAAUACCGCUUACCAUGAAAACCCUAUUCAUAGGGUUGGCAUAAGUCGGAAUCGACUUGAAGGCAGUCCAUUUCAUUUGUUUCAAUUGGGAUGUGAAGGUUAUUAAGAGGUUUGAGUACUUUCUGUUCAAAGGAGCACCUAUUUAUCAAUCAUGCCCAAACAAAAGUGGUAGUUUUGGGGAGGAAAAAAAAACUCAUGUAUGAAAACUGGAUGACAAACCCAUUGAACAACAACGUAAUUUCAGAUACUUGGGUUUAAUGCCCAACUUUCAUGGAAGCCACAUUUGGAUUCAGUCAAGUUGAAUUCCUCUCAUUCCAUACAAUCAUUGAUGUGUUUCUCUAAGUGCCAAGAGGGAAGCUUGGUUAUGCCAGCAGCUGAGAUGUUUCGGAAGAAGAUAGUCCCACAACUGCUGUAUGGCACAGAGCUCUGGGGGUAUGUCUCUUCUCUUGAGGUAGUGCAUAAUUCCUUUAUGAGAUCCCUGUCAGCUCCCCCUCAAAGCACACCUGCAUUUCUAUUAAAGGCAGAAACAGGGCUAUAUUCUAUAGAAUCCUGUGGUCAUGCUGCACUUGCCUUGUAUUGGCUGAAGUUGGCUUGAAUGAAUGAUUUGUGCCUGCCAAAGAAAUGCUUUCUAGAACAGCUGCAAAGUCCAACCCAAAGUUGCUGGGUAAAUUCUGUUAAACCUACUCUGUCCACUUCUGGGAUCAACACGGAAGUUUUACCUUCCUGUUCUUCCAUUAGAGUUAAACAGCUGUUCAAAGAAAGAAUCCAUCUUUAUUCUAAACGGCGGGACCUCUACUUAGUAACCCAAAAGUCAUUUUCUAUUUGGUACCCACUAUAUAAAACAUUUGGCAUGGAGCAAAACUUCACAUUUCUGACAGCAGCACAUUUGAGAAAAUCAUUCAUAGCUUUACAACUUCAGACUAUGCCCUCUGCUUUUUUGGUGGAAGAGUUUCUAACAUUCCAACUCCUCAAAGAGUUUGUAUCUGUGAAUCUGGUGAAGUUGAGUACAUUGUACAUUAUUUACUAAGCUGCCCCCUAUACAAGUCUCCAAGGCUUAAAUUUCUUUCCUGCAUACUUCGCUCCUUGUCAAAUAGAUAUUUCCUGGAGCAAUUAUGUAUUCUGCUAGCCUGCAACAAUACAUUUAUAACUACCCAGGUAGCAAAAUUUGCUCUAGCUGCAGGGAAACUAAGAGCUAGACACCAAAAAAAAACCUUGUGGGGUGAGUGGGUUGUGCCCUGGUGCCAUUAUGGCUGUAAUACUUAUCCACUAAGUUAUGGGGUGAGUUAGUGCAUCUUUUGCUCAGGAGAGGAAAUUUUAUUUGAAAUUUAGUGCUGUUGUCCCUUUACUGUAUGCUGUUGAACUGUGUUGGUUGAAAUAUGGCUUGUAUUUUAAUAUGUAUUUUUUUCCUUUUACA